CAGAGUCUAUUUAAAGAGACGUAGCCCCGGAUUCUGCAGCCGUGUGACUCCCGGCUUUGCUCACCGCUCCUCCUGCGCCACAUCCAGCCCGCCUGUGCACCAGCACGGCUCCUGACGGGGCGAGGAUGCGGACUUCUCUGGCCGUGUGCUGCUGCGUCUUUGCACUACAUUGCCUGCAGAGUACACUUUGUCUUCCAGUGCGGGGAUCCAGCAGGUACAAAGCACCGUUGUCUGAAAAGUUCCCCGACCUGAAGAAGAGGGGGAAGCUUUCUCACACUCAGGACUUUGUAAAGGAGACAAGUUUGCAGGCCAACACCUCUAACACAUGGAACCGACCACGCUGUGGAGUACCAGACUACCCCGCCCAUAAGGAGGUGCAUUAUCGGGGGCGACAGAGACGAUUCGUCCUGUACGGAGGACGUUUAGAGAAGACAGACCUCACCUACAGGAUAGUUCGGUUUCCCUGGCAGAUAGGCGAGGAGAAGGUUCGACGUGUCUUUCGGGAAGCGCUGAAAAUCUGGAGUGACGUCACCCCGCUCACCUUCACCGAGAUCCACAGUGGGAAGGCCGACAUCCGGAUCGACUUCACAAGGUGGGAGACCGGGAUGAAUACCUGCACAGACCUUCUCCAGGUUGCCGCCCAUGAGUUCGGGCACGUCCUUGGCCUGCAGCACUCUCGCGAGCCUGGGGCCAUCAUGUCCGCAUACUACACCUUCUCCUACCCUCUGAGGCUGAGCGAGGAUGACAAGCGGGGCAUCCAGUACCUGUAUGGAGCUCAACCACAGGUCCUGCCCUCACCGCCACCCUCCCCUCCACCUCCAUCCAACCCCGAGACUAACGAGAUCGUCGCUAAUCCUGACGCCUGCCAGACGGACUUUGAUGCCGUGUCUAUGAUCCGAGGGGAGCUGUUCUUCUUCAAGUCGGGCUACGUGUGGCGGAUCAGGGACGGGCAUCUGGAAAGCGGUUACCCAGCGCUGGCGUCCCGUCACUGGAGGGGGAUUCCCAACAACAUCGACGCCGCCUUUGAAGACAAGUCAGGGAAUAUUUGGUUCUUUCAAGGUGAGAAUUACUGGGUGUUCGAUGCCGAGAUGCAGAUCCGAGGGCCGGAGUCCAUCAGGAGUUUGGGUCUGUCGGUGUCUGGGAUCCAGGCGGCGCUGCGUUGGGGCCACGAUUCCAACUACAACACCUACUUCUUCAAGUCGGGUAGCUACUGGAGGUUCAGCCCCCGAGAGCAGAGGGUGGAGUCCGUCUACCCGCGCAGCAUGAAGGACUGGAGCGGCAUCCCUGACGAGGUGGAUGCCACCUUCAGGGAUGUCUACGGCUACGCUCACUUUGUCCGAGGUCGACAGUACUGGAAGUUCGAUCCCGUUGGCAUGAACUCUUUGGAGGGCUAUCCCCGCUACAUCGGCAUGGACUUCUUCGGAUGUAGAAACAUUUGAGCUAUGGAGAACAAGAGCCAGAUUUAUGACUAUGAAGAGGAGUUCUUGAAGCAAUGACGUUUGUGUGCUCAUCCUGCGGUUUCUAGAAGGAUGGCAAUAUAUAUCCGUUUACGCUUUCCUCCAUUUAUUACACCUUCUUCUCAGGAAAACCAAGUAAUGUUUCCUCAGACUUAGCACCUCCUGUGCAGCUGUACUCGUAUUUAUUUUGCACAUUUUUGUAACCAUAAAGCUGAGGUCUGGGCCCUGUAUUAACAACGUGUGAUGCUGCAUCGCUCUCACUUCCUGUCUUUGAGCCUGGAAUGUUCGACUGAUUGUGGUUUUCAGAAACUGUAAAGGAUAUGUUCCAUUACAUCUAUUCUGUAGUGUUACUUCCAUUAGGAGCAAAGCACUGUAGUUUCAAAAACGAUGUAAAGAGGGGAAACAAAUCAAUGUGCCAAAACACAUGCAAAUGAAGAAACCUGUUCUUCACCAGCUUAAAGAAACAUGCACAGCGUUCACACACAUUUUGGAUACACUAAACGCUGCAAAUAAAAGAAAAUCGCAAGAAAUUAGCUCAAAACACAACACAAACAGGGACACUAAAAAGUAAUGCACACAGCUGUGAAGGUGACCGUGUCACCCGUGUCAUUGCUGAUGUGUUUCGCCAACAACAACAACCGAGUGUUUCGAGCCAGGUCCCGUUAUCUCGCAGGACAGUGCACCCAGCAAGAGCCUCCAGCUAGAUUUGAUCGAUAUGGACAUAAACGCGAGUGAAGUCUAAUCGGACAGGAGAGAGAGAUCAGAGAUCAGCUGCUGC